UCAGCCUGCAGGAAACCUCUCCUGAGGUUUCAGCCUGACUUCCCCCCCACCCCAUUUUCUUUCUUCUUCCUCUUUUUAAAAAACACACAUUUUCCCCCCUCCUGGCUUCAGAUCUCAGGCUGCAGCAGCCCGAACCUUCCCAGGGCUCAGCUCUUUGGGGCUGCCCAUCCCUCCUGCUGCCAGGAAGGACGCGCGCCCAGCUUUGGGCGAAGAAAAGAAGAAAAACUUGUCGGAGGGGUUUCGCCAACCCACAGUAACCCCCUUCCCACAAACCUAAACCUCCCACCGGGGCCAUCCCAAGACGGGAAAGUUCCUUCGGAGCCGACAGUUCUCUUGGAUUUGGAGGAGGCACCCGCGCUGGCUGUGGAAUUAGAUCUGUUUUGAAUCCAGUGGAGCGCAUCGCAGGGGCUAGGAAGUCACCGUCUGCCGGCACCCGGGUGGCGCUGCCUGUGUGGAACAGAGAGUUUGAGAGGUCUGGCUGCCCAUAGCGUUUCCGACCCGCAGUUGUUCUGUGUCCGGUGAGAGCUGCGAGGGUGGCAAGUUGCAACAGAGACCCAGAGGUCCGGAGAGGGCUGCGCUCCCUUUUGCAUUCCCUGGUUAUUUUCGGUUCCUGACUGUGAAGUCCCAUCGAAAUUACAAAGGCCUCCAAAUCCUACGGAGACCUAUCCACAGCGCUCCACAGCGUCGCCCCAUCCCCACGGGGAGCCCAGGAGCCCAGGGCACUGGGGAAGGACUGGCGGGGCGGGGGAGAGAGGUCUUGGCAACGGCAUGGCGAGGUUCCGGCGGGCCGAGCUGGCCGCUGCAGGAGUUGUGUUACUUUGCCACUUUUUAACCGACCGAUUCCAGUUCGCUGGAGGGGAAGCUGGCAACCAAAUCAAUGAUUGGAGAUAUGAAGUUGCUCAGGCCUUCCCUGGAACAGCAGAGGAGGUGGAAGUGGACUCCCAGGCAUACAGCCACAGGUGGAAAAGGAACCUGGACUCUCUCAAGGCAGUAGACACAAACCGAGCAAGCAUGGGCCAAGACUCUCCAGAACCCAGGGGCUUCUCAGAUCUGCUACUGGAUGACGGGCAGGACAACACCACACAGAUUGAGGAGGACACAGAUCACAAUUACUAUAUAUCUCGGAUAUAUGGCCCAUCUGACUCUGCCAGCCGGGAUUUGUGGGUGAACAUAGACCAAAUGGAGAAAGACAAAGUGAAGAUUCAUGGAAUACUCUCCAAUACUCAUCGGCAAGCUGCAAGAGUGAAUCUGUCCUUCGAUUUUCCAUUUUAUGGCCAUUUCCUACGUGAAAUCACUGUGGCAACUGGGGGUUUCAUAUACACUGGAGAAGUUGUGCAUCGGAUGCUAACAGCCACACAGUACAUAGCACCUUUAAUGGCAAAUUUUGAUCCCAGUGUUUCCAGAAAUUCAACAGUUAGAUAUUUUGAUAAUGGCACAGCCCUCGUUGUCCAGUGGGACCACGUUCAUCUCCAGGAUAAUUACAACCUGGGAAGCUUCACAUUCCAGGCAACUCUCCUCAUGGAUGGGCGCAUCAUCUUCGGAUAUAAAGAAAUUCCUGUCUUGGUCACACAGAUAAGUUCAACCAAUCAUCCCGUGAAAGUGGGGCUGUCUGACGCUUUUGUCGUUGUCCACAGGAUCCAACAAAUCCCCAAUGUUCGAAGAAGAACAAUUUAUGAAUACCACCGAGUAGAGCUACAAAUGUCAAAAAUCACCAAUAUUUCCGCUGUGGAGAUGACCCCAUUACCGACAUGUCUUCAGUUUAAUGGCUGUGGCCCCUGUGUAUCCUCUCAGAUCGGCUUCAACUGCAGUUGGUGUAGUAAACUUCAAAGAUGUUCCAGUGGGUUUGAUCGCCAUCGGCAGGACUGGGUGGACAGCGGAUGCCCUGAAGAGUCUAAAGAGAAGAUGUGUGAGAACACAGAGCCCAUGGAAACAUCCUCUCAAACCACCACAACCCUACAUGUGACAACCACGCAGUUCAAGGUUUUGACCACCACCCGGAGGACAGCGACAUCCCAGCUGCCUACCAGCCUACCCACAGAAGAUGAUACCAAGAUAGCACUACAUCUAAAAGAUAAUGGGGCUUCGACAGAUGACAGUGCAGCUGAGAAGAAAGGGGGAACCCUGCAUGCCGGCCUCAUCGUUGGAAUCCUCAUUCUGGUCCUCAUUAUAGUAGCGGGCGUUCUUGUGACAGUCUAUAUGUAUCACCAUCCAACAUCAGCAGCCAGUAUCUUCUUCAUUGAGAGACGUCCAAGCAGAUGGCCUGCCAUGAAAUUUCGAAGGGGUUCUGGACAUCCUGCCUAUGCUGAAGUUGAACCAGUCGGAGAGAAAGAAGGUUUUAUUGUAUCAGAGCAGUGCUAAAAUUUCUAGGACUGAACAGCACCAGUACUGGCUUACAGGUGUUUAAGACUAAAAUUUUGCCUAUACCUUUAAGACAAAAAAAAAAAAGAAAAACAAAAACAAACAAAAAAAAAAAAACAAAGACACACACGCAAAGGAGCCCUAAGCUGCUGUAGCCUGAAGGAGACGAGAUUUCUGGACAAGCCCAGCCCAGGAAGUCUAAAAGAAAUUUUCAAGCUUAUACUGGAUACCAUUUAUACUGAGCAUGGAGUUCUCUAGUGGAAUGACAUCUGUAGUUCACUCGGAACAUCUCCUGUGGACUUUUCAGAAGUAUAACAAUAUUAUGAUGCUUUUUGGCUUAGGUGCAGGGUUGCAAAGGGAUUGAGGAAAAUAAUAAUAAUAAAGCUUUAGUUCACAAGGGAUCUU